CAAGAAGAUAUUUUCGGUUAUUACUGCCUGUACUGGGUGCAUGUUGUAUUGCUUUUUGUGAGACUGAUUGUUAUUUAGUCAAUUAUUAAUAAUAUGUCUAUUUUUCACCUUCGACCGGCUUUACAACGUGAAAUUUUACAUUUUUUGCGAUCCAAAGGUCAUCUAAAAGCAAGUACUGCUAGUUAUUAUGAAUAUAAAGAUGUUAUUGGAAACCGAGAGAUAGUUGGUUUUGGAAAUGAUGGUCAACCUUUUUAUUUUGAUCGUCUUAAUAAACCUUUCCCAGCAAUACGAUUUAAGGAAGACACUUCUGAAAUGUUGGCCUUAAAGGAAAAGGAAAAAGGUGAUUGGAAAUUGUUGUCCAAUGAAGAGAAGAAACAAUUAUAUCGACACUCGUACUGUCGCACAUAUGUUGAAUUAACAGCGCCUACUGGAAAUUGGAAACAAGUUAUUGCUGGUAUACUUGGAAUAAUGAGUAUCACUUUACUAGUUGUUGCUGCAGAAAGGACAUACAUUUAUCCACCAUUACCGGAGUCAAUGAAUCCAGAGAAUACUAAAAGAUUUAUGAAAUUCGCUCUUUUCAACAGAAUAGAUGAAUUUGAUGGUUAUGCAUCAAAAUGGGACUACGAAAAUAAUUGUUGGAAGAAAUAAGAAACGACUCAGGCUUCAGAGUGGCCAAUCACUUCAAUGUUUUGAAAUUGAUCCUGUAAAUUUCUAAAAUGGCAAAAUAUUGGUUUCCAAAUUGCGAGUUGAAACUUUUGCUUGAUUAUGUAGAAAUAUCACCUAUAUAUUCUAACAAUGUUCAUUAUUAUCAGUUAA